ACCAGGGGAUUCUGGAACAAGUUGAGUUGAAGACCUAGCCAAGCCCGGAGCUGAAUCAGGUGGUGCCUAUUGAGGUCCCCACAGAGGUGACCAGCUAUGGAAUCCUCCAGCCCGGAGUCCGAUAAUAGCUGGGUGAUUGCUGGCUCUGAGGGCUGCUUGCCAGUAGAGACUCUGGGUCCAGAAUCUGAGACAGCCCCUCAGAGCUCAGCGGAUGAACUUCCAAGAACCUUGGAUGGAAAGGCACCUACUGCUUCCAAGAGCCCUCCUGUCCAGCCUGAUGCCUGCCCUCCAGAGGAGACAGACAUUAAGGUUUCCCCGGAAAGCAAUGAGAAGAGUUUAGACCUCCCAAGUCCAGAUGAAGAACAAACAAAGGCUGAGCAACCAGAGACCACGGAAGGGACUGAGCUGGAGUCAGACAUCAUGGAGCAAAGGGACUUAAACUCUCCACACAAUGGCCCUUGGUCCCCUAAAACAGAGAAGGUUGGUGAGGAAUUCAGCUGCUCCAGUAGUGACGAAGAUGUGGAUGUGGAAGGCCUGAGGAGACGUCGGGGGCCCCAGGAAUCCAGGCCGACCCAUCUCCCUGCCUCUGUGGGUGGGCAUGACCAGGCCAGUAGCGAGGGAGGAAAUGGGGAGCUGGGGCUCACACUGAACACCUGUCUUCUGGGAGCUCUGGUCCUGGUGGGCCUUGGCUUCCUCCUCUUUUCUGGUGGUUUCUCUGACCUUGAGACUGGGCCAGCAGAGAACUUGGAGUCCCAGGUGACCCCGGAGUCUGACCCUCAAGAUGCAGAGGAUAUCCAGGAUGGACUUAGGCAGCAGCAACAGGCCCAUUACCCUACUGGAAGUCUCCCAAGUCUUCAGUCCAUGAGCCUUUUGCUGGACAAGCUGGCCAAGGAGAACCAGGACAUUCGGCUUCUUCAGGCCCAGUUGCAGGCUCAGAAGGAAGAACUCCAGAACUUGCUACACAAACACCCAGGACUAGAAGAGGAGAACGAGAGGCUCCGGGGAGCCCUGCAGCAGCGAGAAGCAUCCCAGCGGGUGCUGGAGUCUGAGAUGCAGGAGCUCCGGAGCCGCCUGGGGGAGCUAGAGGAGACUUACUCCAGAGGGGUGGAUGGGACCUGUGAGAGCCAGAGUGCAGGGAAGCCCCCACAGGAGCCAGCCCCAGGGCUGCUGGAGCCCAAAGGCUUCCUGGAGCAGAAGGAGCGGUUGGAGGCUGAGGCCCAGAUGCUACGCAGGGAACUAGAGAAGCAGAGGCUGCUGCUGAGCUCAGUGCAGAGGGAUCUGAAAAGGAGCCUUCAUGAGUCAGGGCUAGGGGACAGGGAUCAAGCUGAUCUGGCCAAGUUGGGUCAGAAGUUGGCCAUGGAGCUUCAGGAGGCAGAGAGCUGGGGCCCCCAGGAAAACCAGGCCUCCCAGGGUCCAGCCAACACAUCUGAGUCCUUGGGGCAGGGAGGAGCCCACUUUGUGAGCUCAAAGAAGCCUAGUCAAAAGGAGAAGCACAAGGAGAAGGACAGGCAAGGGGAUGGGAAGGCAGAGAAGUGGAAGCAUAAGAAAGAAGAAUUUAUUGUCGAAAAGAAGAAGAGCUUCAGGGGCAAAGGAGAUGGGGAGUCAGGAGGGAAGUGGAAGCAAGAAAAGCUAGGGACCGCUGAGCUGGGGGGCAAGAACGGCCGGGAAUGGCGAGGCACGAAGGAGCAUCCCAAGAAGAGCUGGGGAGGCCGCUGGGGGAGCCAGGGACCCCACCCAGUGUGGGAUGGGCAGAAGCCCCCAAGGGAAGGGGCCAAGGGGGGUGGUUCAGCCUAUUCUGAUCCCCAGCUGGCCUGGAAGAAGGUUCUAGGCCACAAGUACCGAGUGCCUCAGGGCUGCUCCAGUGUAGCCCAGUGUGCACACCAGGAAGGGCUGGCCAUGUUUGGGCUAGAGUUGCCCCCAGUUCGGAAGCAGGAGCUGGCAGCGCUGCUGCAGAAAUACUUGGCUCGAUUGCCCUGGGGCCAACAACUUCCUGAACCCAUGGCCUUCCUGUCCACAUACUUUGGUGAGGAUGGCCUCUUCCGCCAUGACCUUCUCCGUUUCCGUGACUUUGUGGAGGCCAUGGAGGACAGCCUGGAGGAGGCUGCAGUCAGAGAGACGGGAGAUGACGAUGAAGUCGACGACUUUGAGGAUUUCAUCUUUGGCCAUUUCUUUGGGGACAAAGCACUGAGGAAAAGGUCUGGGAAGAAGGAGAAGUAUCAGAAGGGCCCCAGAAGCUCAGGGCCCAAGGAGGGUCCCAGAAACUACCGGGAGGGCUGAGGAAGAGAGCCGGAGGGGCUCAGUGUCCGGUUUGCCCACUGCUCUGCCCAGAAAUCUGAAACGGGGGUUGCUGAGCCUCCUUUGGUCUAUAUUUAUCACUGCAUGUGUGUGGUGUAUUUGGGGAGGUCUGUGAUACAAAUUAGAGGGGAGCGAGGGCAUUAAAGUAGGACCUCCCUCUGGCACUGGCUUCGCCUCCACGAGGUGGGGGCCCGAGCAGGAACACAAAAGAGAGCUCCAACCCCAGCUUGCUCAGGAGAUACCACUUUAGCUUGAAAAUGCUCUGACACUGCUUGUGCCUGUUUGCAUAGUGAAUACAGUUGGACCCUCUUUACCCCCCUCAGGUUCCCCAAUGGACCCCCUGUGGCUCUGGGUCCAAGUAGGUUGUGCCAAAGUACAGUGAGGGAGGGAGGGAGAGGGUCCGUGUGUGCGAGUCUGCUUCUGGGGGAGGGGAUAGAGCUGGAGUAUCUGGUAAAAGGAGGAGCAGGGACUAAGUCAGGUGAAUAAAUUCUCCCUUCACCCCUCUUUGCCCACGGGAGGGAGGAUGGCAAGAUGCUACCUAGAUGGCUCCUAGGGAAUACUCUUCUCCCUCUAGCCAUGGUUUGGUCAGUCGUGGGGCCUGGGCCCGAGGCUCUGGUGCCCAGUUAGAGUUGUGAGUACUAUAGAGUUGGGGUCUUCACUCCUUACCUCCAGGCUUUUGAUUGCACACAGUCUACACUGAACUCAAUAAAGUGCCUUUGUUAGUGA